AUGAGGGUAUCAGGUCUUCAGUGGCUUGCUGUUCUGAUUUGGUUUUCCGGGAUUUGCUUUGCCUUUUCCAGUUCCGAGGAUCCCAUUGACGCUCUUUACGAGAGCGCGUCCAAGGACUCUCUACUAUGGGGGCCAUACAGAUCCAAUCUUUACGUGGGAGUUCGUCCUAGGGUACCCAGAUCGUUGCUCAGUGGAUUGAUGUGGUUCAACGUAGAUUCGCAUGCACCAAUCAGGAAGAUCAAGCAUUUCUGUGAUCAAGGCGAUGAUUUGGCCGGAUUUGGCUGGCUAAAGUACGACCCCAGACAAGGAGGCAUUCAAAGAAUCGAAGAUAACGAGUCUCAUAUUACGCUCACAUCCGAGUUUGUGAAGACCAAAGAUGGCAAUUGGGCUCUGAGGAUCAAGGGGACCCCAUUCAAAGGUUUCGACAAGGUGAAAACUUCAUUGGUAUUCUAUACAGGUCUGGAAGGAGAAGGCUUAUUGGCACACGCUGGACUUAAGGACGAGCUGAGCCUCUAUAAUGGCAAUUUUAAGCUCACUGGAUAUGCUGAGACUAUCGGAGGGCCUUUCAAUGUGCAAAUAACAGACGGUCCUUCUUCCAACAAACAUGUGCGGUCGAAGACGAAGUUGCUUCAUCCAGCAUUUGAUCCCUCCAAGACUCAUCACCUUUCUCUUCAGGUUCCAGACGACAACAUUUGGAAAGCGAAGGACAUUUACUUGACUCUACUGCAGGAGUCUAUUGGUGAAUUUGCGACUGAUCCCAAGGACCUGGCACGUAUACCCCCAGAGCAGUUAUUCUCACUCAGAAACACCCAGAACUUUGAGGGAAACCUUCAUUUUGUCCAGAAGAUUUAUGAGGGUGCCUUUGAAUUUGAUAUCAUCUUCAACCUGGAGGAGUCUCUAAAUAAGAUCAAGGAGGAAGACAUUGCAGACUUGGUGAAGAGCUCUGUGGACUCGUUUGAUGACAAGUUUGCCCAAAAGUUCCAGUUGCAAGCCCCCUUCAACACUGUGAACCACACCAUCUUCGCGAAAGAGUUUCUGUCACAGCUGAUGGGAGGUGUUAGUUACUUCUAUGGUGAUCAUCUGGUUGAUUCUGAAGCAGAUUUGGACGAGGAGUCAUUCGACAACGUCAAACUUGUGGGCAAACCGGAUGGGCCUCAUGAGCUUUUCACUGCAGUACCAAGCAGACCGUUCUUUCCAAGAGGUUUCUACUGGGAUGAAGGUUUUCAUCUACUCCCCAUACUUGAGUAUGAUACAGAUUUUGCACUUGAGAUUCUGAAAAGUUGGUUCUCGCAAAUAGAUGAAGAUGGUUGGAUAGCAAGAGAACAGAUUCUAGGCCCAGAGGCCAGAAGCAAAGUUCCUGAGGAGUUCCAGGUCCAAAACGCAAACAUAGCGAAUCCUCCAACUUUGAUGUUGGUUUUUACCAAGCUCUUGGAAAUGGCCUCCAAAAACCAGGAAGCUGUGGGUAGCAUCGGCACCUACAACACGAAGUCUUUGGACGACUAUGACCUCACAGAUCUCGGUGACGUCCACCUAAAAUACCCACAUUUGCUUGCUUCGUAUGCUGAGAAUAUAUACCCCGAUCUCCAAAGACACUAUGAGUGGUUUCGCAGAACGCAGCGUGGAGAAUUGAGGGAGUUCGAUAGAACCCCUCAUAGCAUGACGGAGGCUUACAGGUGGAAAGGCAGAACCAGAAAGCUUUGUCUGCCUAGUGGUAUUGAUGAUUAUCCCCGUGCUGAAGCAGAUAUCGCGGAGUUGAAUGUGGACUUGAUAUCUUGGAUCGGUGUAAUGACCAGAUCAAUGAAAAGCAUCGCAACCUUACUGGGCAAGAAGGAGGACGCCAUUAAGUACUCUUCGAUUUUCAGCGACAUCACACAAAACAUUGAGGACUUGCAUUGGUCCGAGAAGGAUCAAAACUACUGCGAUCUUUCGGUGGACGAUAAAGAUGAGGAUCUCUUCGUAUGUCAUACCGGAUAUGUGACUUUAUUCCCAUUCUUGCACAAACUGAUACCGGAAGAUUCUGGUCACCUUCUCCCAUUGCUAAAGAUUUUGACCGAUCCCGAGCAGCUGUGGACCGAUUUUGGUAUCAGAUCUUUAUCCAAACAGGACGAGUUCUUCCAUACUGAGGAAGACUACUGGAGAGGGUCUAUCUGGAUCAACUUAAACUACCUGGUUUUAGAGAGUUUGCAACACUACGGUACAGCAGAACGGGUCAAUCCCCAGGCCAAAUCUCUGGCGAAAAAGGCAUACAGAGAACUGCGUGAAAAUGUGGUUAACAAUGUAUACAGAGAGUAUACUAGAACUGGGUAUGCCUGGGAGCAAUACGACGAGGCUACAGGUGAGGGCAAGAGGACCAAGCACUUCCUGGGAUGGACCUCUUUGGUGGUGCUGAUGAUGAAGAUGCCACAAACACUGGAAUAA